CUGAACGACAGUUGGAGAUCUUGCGAUGGCAUCCACUCCUGUGCCCACAUCUUGCCGAAGAUGCCUAUUUAUUCUGCUCUAGGAAAUGCCAUUGGACAAUUGAAUGUUCCUGUAAAGUUCACGCAGGACAGGUAGUAAAUUCCGAUUUCUCAAGAUGCACGCGCCCUCUAUUCUGCUUGCCGCGGCUUUUGCCGGCGUCGCAAUCGCGAGUCCUACGCCACGAGCAACUGAAUAUGUCGGAUACCUUAUCUCGACCUUCAGCGAUGCCGUCCCAAAGGUCCAAUUCCACCUCUCAGAGGGCAACAGCGCAACAGAAUUCAGCUUUUUAAACGGUGGAAAUCCUGUCCUGACUUCGACCGUGGGGUCGAAGGCCGUGAGAGACAUCUUCCUCGCGACGAACUCUGCCCGAUCCGAGUGGUAUCUUCUUGGCACCGACCUCGAUGUUGAAGCAACAGGGUUUUCAUGGGACGUGGCCACACGACAGGGAAGCCGCGGCAUCGUCGUUUGGAAAUCGACUGAUUUGGUCAACUGGUCCGGAUCUUCCUUAGUAACUGUCGAAGCGGAUACCGCAGGUAUGGCCUGGGCUCCUUCAGCCGUCUGGGACGAUGAGACAUCCCAGUAUUACGUAUUCUGGUCAUCGCGCGAGUACGCCGAAUCCGACACCGCCCACACCGGCAGCGCGACGCUCGACAAGAUUCGGUAUGCGACGACCAAGGACUUCGCGACCUUCAGCGCGCCGCAGGACUACCUAGCGAUCUCCAACACCCCCAUAAUCGACCAAGAAUUCCAGUACCUCGGGACGCCGGGCAACUUCGCCCGCUUCUACAAGAACGAGACGACCCAGCAGAUCGUCGAGGACAUUACCACAGGCGGCCUGUUCGGCACCUGGACGAACAUCGGGUACGCGACGACGGAUAUCCCGCGCGAGGGCCCGGCUAGCUUCGCGGAUAACGUGACGCCUGGGCUGUACCAUUUGCUCGCGGAUGAUUACACAGAGUACGUGCCCUACGAGUCGACGAAUAUCCGCGCCGGAGGCUACACGGCGUCGAGCACGAACGGCUUUCCUUCGGGGUUGAAGCAUGGAAGCGUGACGCCGUUGACGCAGGCUGAAUAUGAUGCGCUCGCUGCCGCGUAUCCCGCAUAAAGAGCAUGUGGAAGGUUGUUUUUGUUAUAUAUUAGGUAUGGAUAAAUUUAAUUAUAUAAGACAUAUGUUCGUAAUUGAUCGCACGGGCUAUUUGCGAGUGUUAGACUGAA